ACCGGACCGGCAGACACUGACUCACUUGUUCUUCAUGAUUUCCGUCCCCCCUACCACCAUGUUUGUGUCCGAUCCAUCCAUCCAUCAGACCGAUGCUCACAGGGCUUUGCCUGUGUCAGCAUCAAGCUGGCUGCUUACUACCGCCUCGCCACGUCAAAACUCGCCCCAGCCAAAAAAUUAUCACACACAUCCAUCCACACACACACACACACACACGUCCACGCGUCUCCAGAUGACUCACUCACGCCACCUGCACCAAUGUGUCUGUCCUUCCUGCCCUAUCUAUCGGUGUGUCAUGAUGCCGGGAAUGAGGAAGGGGUCGCUCUGUAUGAUGGGCACCGACUGCGCCAAAGGGUAGUUGUGGCUCUCCCAGGCCACCCUCGGCCGCCCCUCUGUCGUCUCCUUCACUGGCCGGCGGGGCGUGCAGCACAGCGAGGAGCUCACGCAGCCCCUCUCCCGCCGUGUCUCAACACGCAGCUGCCGGGGCUGCUGCUGCUGCUGCUGCUGGGGCACCGCCAAACCACCAGGCACGGCGGUGGGCCGCACAGGUCCACCAGGGCUGAUAUUCAUCACCAGCCGGCUCUCAGGCACAAAGGGGGGCGGCUUCCGGGGCGUGCACGACACGCAGCCGCGGUCAGGACCAUCCUCGCGCGCAUCGACGACAGGCUUUGGCGGUGCCUUCUUCUGGCAGCACAUGGACCAGCCCCUUCGGAAGGCGCGCGACUGCGGCACCAGUGGGAGGGUUGGGUCGAGAAAAAUCGGCACGCCCUCGAUUGGCUCGUCACGGUAGAACCAGCGCACGUGCCAUUCGUCUUGUGGGCCCAUACGUGGGGGAGGCGGGGCGGACAUCGGCUUGAUGACGCUGCCCACAAGGGAUGACAGCUCUGAGACACGGAGACAGACAGAGAGGCACAAGACUGUGACUGCAAAUGUGUGGGUUGGUGUCGUGACUGACGGCUGGCGAGAAGUGAGGUGACUUCGACUGGUUGGUGCUCCUCUCCUUGUGGCGGCAGGACGACGGGCACGUCCUCCUCGUAAUGGUCCAGAUCGAGGACGACGUGCUGGUCUAUCAUGGCCUGUGAAGCCCUGCGGACCAUCAUGCUCGAACGACGGAUCUCAUGCAGCUGAGUCUCCUGACGCGCUAGCUCAGCAGCAAUCUGAAUUAAUUAACCACACAGAGAGACACAGACACGGAGACAUACGACGGCAGGUGUCUGUCUGUUGCGUGUGUGUGUGGGGGUUGUGGCUGUGCGUACGAUGGGCGGGAUGGCAGGUGCGGCUGCGCCCGGCGCCUGGACCAUCAUCUUGCCCCUCCCCUCAGCCAACAUAAUCUCUUGCUGAGGGAGUGAGUGAGGAAGAAGCAGAAUUCCGCAGCCAGGGUGGGAUGUGUGUUACUUCAGUGGCUCAUGUAUGCUGUCUGACCAGCAGUUUUCGUUUCCUCUCCUGGACGGCCCGUUCCUCUUCAAUGAGUUGCGUGACUUUCUUCUUGACCUUCUUGAUCAACGCCUCUCGGCGGGUCCUAUCGCGGUCCUUGUCCGCCAACGCAGCCUGCACUCCACUCCAUCCACGCAGAGAGAGACACGUCAGCUCAUUCCGUUCCCUGGCGAGAAUGCACGAUUCAUGGAGGAUCUUUGCCCACUGACUGACCAGAAGUUGUAUGAGUCUUUCUUCCUCGAGCAUCCUCGCCCUCGCCAAUGCAGCCGCCGUGUCACCCAGUUCCCUCAUCCGCCGACGCAUCUCCUCCAGAUACGAGAGCCUACGGGCCUCCGCGUCACUGAAUCGGGUCUGCCUAGCCUCAAGCGCACGGAUUCGCUCCUCCUCGAUCUUCUUUGCCCGAUCGAGUGCCUCUGCCUUCUUGAUAGCCGCCUCGUGCAGCUGCUUCCGCUGCCUGUCAAUGGCCUGCAGCCGGCGCUGCUCGGCGGCCUCAAGCGUGCCCUCCGCUUUCUCCUGCAGACAUGGAGCGGGGAAGGGAGACGGGGACACAGAGGUGUGAUUGUGUGUGUUGUGGGGGAGGGGGGAGCUCUUAAGUGGCUUGCUUGCCAUGAAUCUGCGCUGCCUUUCGUCUUCCAGUUCCUUUGCCCUCUGGAGUGCUUCUGCCUUGCGCUUGGCCUCCUCCUGCAGCUGCCGUUUCUGCCGCUCGAUGGCCUGCAGACGCCGAGCCUCCGCAUCGUCCAGCUUCGUCUCUGUCUUCUCCUGUCCAAUGGCAUGGCAUCCAUCAGUCAGUCAGACGCACCUGCUGGUUGCCGUCUCUGGCAGUCCCUCCCUCCCCGUCCCUUGACCAUCCACUCACCUGUAUCUUGCGCUGUCUUUCUUCCUCGAUAUCCUUUCCCCGCUGCAGCACCUGGCUCAUCCUGCGGAUGUACUGACGCUUCUCCUCCUUCACCUCAUCCUGACCGAUGUCGGCCUUGGGCGGCCGAGGGGUCGUCGGCCUCGGACCCGGACCACGAGCAGACAACGCGCCCCUCGUGCCAGCAGCCGAGAGGGCGCCCUUUGUGGGCUGGCUCUUGACUGACGCCGGGGUGCGUGGCGAGACGCGGAUGGAUGACGCUGCAGGGCUGGAGGGCGUCGCGAGGGUGGGGUCGGCCUCGUGAUUCUCCUCCCCCUGGACGUCGGCGAAACGGAUGGUGCUGGGCUCUUCAUUUGCAGGCGCAGAGGCGGAGAGAGCGAGGGGAGGGACGAUGGCUGGCUUCGACUUGGCCUUGGGGCUCUUGGGCUUGGCUUUGCCCUUACCGGCGGCCUUGGCUUUACCAGCGGGGGAGCUCAUGAUGACGGAAGCAAACGUACCCCACAAGCAAAGAAGAAAGGGC